GCCACAAAAAUCAUUCCAAGGCCGUGAAGUCAUCCAUCUUCAAAGGCUCCUUUGCGCAUUUAGACGCUGGAGCAGCUCAAGAUGCUAGAAAACACCCGACAACAUGAAAGGUGCUUUAAUCUGUUGGCCAACACCACAGGCUUUCUUUGCAAACCCCGAGGGCAACUCAGAUUGUGACUUCUUUAUUUUGAAAAUCAACUUUCCCAUUUCAGGACAAAGCCCUGUUGAACCCUCUUCGGAGCUGUCCCGUUCUGCAGCUUCGGGGCAGGGCAGCAGGAAGAGGACUGCAGGGAACUUAGCUCUUCUGGGGGUCAGAAGCCCGACCUACACUUAUGAACAGGGCUUUGCGGCUGCCCUAGUAAAGCAAGCCAGCACAGUUCUGCCAGAAGAUGACAUGACUACAGGUAUGGAGGAUAACAUAGGGAACCUAGGUAUAGAAGAUGACGUGGUGACUACAGGUGCCAGUGAAGAGCCCCAUGAAACUGGUGGCUUGACAACUCUGGUGCCAGCAAGUACAGAGAGUAAACCAGACAUUCACAUAGAGGAUCUGCCGACGGCAGAAAGCACAGUCCGCGACAAAGAAGACAGCCAGCGGAGGACCACGACACCCCAUAUGGUGGCUAGUCACCCCCCGGAGAAAGCUGAUGGAGACACACAGAUAACAGUUGAAAAAGACGGCUUGGCGACCGUGACCCUGAUUGGAAUCAUAGUUGGGGUCUUACUAGCCAUUGGAAUCAUUGGUGGGAUCAUCGUCGUAGCUGUGAGAAAAAUGUCGGGAAGGCCCUAAAGAGCUGAAGAUUUGUGCCAGCAUGUUCAAAAAAGAGAGUUUCUGACUUCCCCCAUCCCUGAGCAUGUGGGAGAAGAUGACCCAUGGAAAUGCUUGGCCACCCCACUCAGAAAUCCAUGGCGAUCCCUCCGCUUGCCAAAAGUAACCAAAGGAAGGAUAAUUCACAAGACUUGCUCCUCUAAACUUUUGUCUUUUGAAAAAAUAUUUUAAACAUAAAUUUUGUAAAGGAUUAUUUAAGAUAUAAAAAUGCAUAGAAAAUGGAGCAAAAACUAUGUAAACUGAUUUGUAAGUAAGAUAGAUAGUGUCAUUCAGUGUUAGAAGCUGUAAUCGUGCGUUCGUUCCGAUCAUUCUGUUAUUGUUAAAAUGCAUAGGACCCUGGAAAUAUUUAUACUAAUGGAGUCCUUGGGUCUAGUGCUAUGUCAGUAAAUGGCAUAAGCAUUUCGCAAUUUCUGAUAUUGAAAUGUGCACAUUCCAGUCUAGUUUGGUCUGUUUUGAAGGCCUGAUUUCAUGUGAAUAAUCCAGUAGAAAAAUCUAAACUUGGAUCAUUUGUAAUGAGCAACUGCUUUUCACCGGUCCAGAUAAAUCAUUUCAAAGCCAUCCAUUUCAGAUCAUAAACAGGAAGUCUAUACUUUGGAGAAGGGAUUCUGUUUCUCACAGCAAGACCACCGGGCAGGCUCUUGGCUUGCUCUAUGCCUUCUCCAGCAACGACUUGAUGACUGAAACCUUUGCUUCUAUCUGCCCCCUCCUCUUCCCUUAGUUGAUGGGGAGCCAGAGCUAAGGGGAACAGCCUUCUCUCAUUCCCAGGACGCAAGUCCUUCAGAUGGGCCAUUUUGUUCUGGAAUAUGGAGGUGUCAGUCUUGGAUGCUGAAGAGGUUGCUGGAGGCCAAUUGGUGCCUGAGGCUCCAAUGUUCCAGAAACUAAGAACCACAGUGGUCCCCAAACAGAAGGAAAUUCUGUGUGCGCUUCUGUUUUGGUGGGAAACAGAACCCACCAGUCUUCUGAUGUUUACUUUCUGCCUCAGAGGAAAGAUACGGGAGGCAAAACUAAUCUUGUAAAAUACUAAUUUUUAAAAAGCAGCUGGAUUUAAAUACUUGAUUUAAAAAGAAGAUAUUCCCAGUCUUCAUGACAUGCCACGUAUGUCUGUGGGAUCAUAACUGAAAAUACGGUCAUGAAGGAGCCCGGGGCUGUCACUCUGUCCAGCACAGUGCAUUUCUCCCUGGGGUCAAUUGAAUUGUUUUUCCCAAACCAAAAGUUUUUGUGCAGAGCAGGGGCUGGGUCAUGAUCGUGGUUGUGCAGUUCUAAUAUCCUCUAAACUUGUAACAGUUUACAAAACAGGAAAAAGUAAAUGAUCUGUCGGAAAGCAGAGCCCAUUCUUCCAUUUUUUUUUGCAGUGAUGUGUGGAUGUUAUUAUGACCCGUGUGCCCUUCUGUUGCCCAAGUCUAGGCCGUGCACCAGCCCAGGUUCCAUAUUUGAACGUCAACUGAUUAAAAGCAGGGGGUUUAUAAGAAAUCUUUAUGAGCUUAAAUUUAUCCUUCUGUUUCAUCACUUGGAUUCCUGAACAGGAGUUGGAAUAAUGUCCAUUUUGUCUUAAUGUCCUUUCUCUUUUCUUUCACUGGGAGAAAUCACAGCCCACCCCAAGUCAGACACUGGACCCGCUGCCUGCUGGGACAGGACCAUGGGUUUCUUGCUCACAUCUGUGUUGGAGCUCAAUGCCGUGUAGAUGUGUUUUAAAAUAAAACAGAUGAUUGUGUAUAACAA